GCCAACAUUUCAAGUACUUCACUCGUAAUACGAAUAAUUGCUAAUAGUAGCGAUCCUCUGCUGACUCCCUGUGGUAUUUAGUGUCCACCACACCCCUCUAAACUGAGCGAAGUGGUAUCGUCCAUUCAUGAAUUCAACAUGGAGGCUCUGGUGCUGUGAAUAUCAUUGUUGAGAAAUGUUGAAUCGAGUCCAGGGAAGGCGAUAAAGUCAUUGAUAGAGACAUGCGGAUAAACACAUAGACGGAGCGGAAGAAAAGUCGAGCCCGACGAUUAUUUGACCUUCCAGGUUGCCCUCAGGAAACGAUUAGCCCGUAGUGUUUGGUGGCAUGAGUUUGCAGUUAAGUAAGCUAAUAGUUUUAAUGUGAAGUCCGUCCGUCCGUGUGUGUGUGUGUGUGUGUGUGUGUGUGUGUGUGUGUGUGUGUGUGUGUGUGUGUGUGUGUGUGUGUGUGUGUGUGUGUGUGUGCGCGCGCGUGCUGCAGCUGAACCCAGAUGGACCCGGGUCAAAUCACCGGGGUGUACGGGGAAGUUAGCGGUCUCCCCACGCCUGUUUCCGCUCAUGUGAAGGAGGAGCAGCUCCCUGAGGUCCGGAUCUACACUGUGGAUGUUGGUGAGCCCCCCUCCCCCUCCCCCUCCCCCUCCCCCUCUCUCUCUCUCUCUCUCUCUCUCUCUCUCUCUCUCUCUCUCUCUCUCUCUUUAUGAAGGGUCAUUAUUGUCAUUUUUUAUGUUCUUCCAUUAUUUAUGUUAAAGCAAGAAGAAAUUACACAUUAGACAUUUUAAUGUAAUGAUUUAAAAAGCUUUGUAUAACAGCAGAUAUAUCACACCAGUCUGUUGGUAGAAUAGCGCUGUCCUCUAUUGCUGCCAUUGCUGUUUGUUUUAUUUUCUAUGUAACUACACAGUGUCUGUACUUUAAAUCGAAAAUCAGACAAAGUGGUUCACCUUUGUUCAGCAGACAAUGUUAAAACAAGAAUCAGCAAGGACAGCUGCAUAGCCUAACAUUAAAAUGUUGAAAUACAAGGACUAAGCAAGACAUACUGUACGUGCCAUUGUUAGCCUCUUCCCUGUGUUAUACCAAAAAAGGGGAGGCCAAAGGGGGUAUGUUCAAUGCGUUUGUGUCUGUAUUUUCAACAAUUAGCUCAAGAGGACAGUAAAAAAAAAAAAAAAAAAAAAAGGUAAGUAAAUGCAAGUACUUUAGUAUCUGAAGGUCAGGAGUCUUCACAAUAAACACAGGAUUAUCAGUGCAAAUGUGUUUACAUUUUGCAUUGGACCACUUAAAUGAAGACUCACUGUUGUUGUUAAUGAGAGGUCAGAAUGUAAUUAGAAAUCACCCUCUGGGAAUGACUACCAGAUUCAGAAUUUGUUUGGGUUUCCUGUGAAGCUGCCGGUCAGAGAUCUAAAGGGUUUAAAAAGGUUAAGAGAGUUAACCCAUCUGGUUAUCUGGAAUACUCCCAGCCUGGCUGACAGUUGUUUAUUGUGCAGCAAAUUGGAUUGCAGGUUCGAGGAAGGACAUUUGCUUCUGCUGAUUCAACAAAAGCUGCUGUUUGAAAGGCUGUUAUGUGACAAAAGUUACACAAAACGUUGUUGGAGUAACCUUGAAUUCAUAGAAUUUGUACAACAAACAAAUAGUAAAGGUGAGAUGUUUUAUAAUGAAACAUGAGGAUCAUUAGCAGGGAUUAAAACUCAGGCUAAAACCUGCAUUUCUGACAGUGUUUUAGACAUUUCUUCUUUUACAUAUAUGGAUCACUGAAAUAGCCAGUCUUCUCUUUAUUUAACAAAAUAAACCAAACUCAUCUAGAGUGGAGUCAGAGCGACCUAGUCCGAGGCUCCAGACUGACCUACACACAGCGUUGGACUCUCAUCUCAAACAAUAAUGACCACAAGAGCAUCAGGACUGUCCUCCCACCUGGACCAUGUGUGCCUGUGUCUGGAGAGUGAGUAUACACUCACAGAACACUUCGAAUGGUUUAAUGAGUUCCUUAUAUAUCUGAACUUUGUUUUUGCCAUUUUGCCUUAACUUUAACUUCCCAUCUUACUGCAGUGAUGUUGAGGAUGUCACUUGUCUAUUAAACUGAUGAACCCUAAACCGCACAGAGGGGUGAAUCACUGCAGUUUUACAGCUGUAAUUAAAUAUUAAUGAAACACAGAGCCUUUAUUUCUCUUCAGGCUUCUGAGUGGACUCUCUCCCAAUCGAUGCCUGAGGGCUGUCAUAAGGGAAACAGCAGGCCACCAGCUCCUCGAGGUAAAAGUCACAGACUGCGACAUUCUUUGUAAUAUCAGCAUUGAAGCUUUCUUCAUCUCGUUGUUUCUGCUCAGAUAUGGGACCAGCAUGGCCUCAGGAAAUGCCUCAACCUGACUGCUCUUAACAAACAUGGGCGAGUCUAUGAUGAUGGUAGGGCUUUUUCUGUUUUUAGGUGUCUCUUGGUAUUUUUGAGUGUGUGUUGAAACUCCUACUGGUGUGUUUCCAGCACAUUUGGGCUGCCUGUCAUGGUCAGACUGUGAGAACAAACUCUUGUAUGUAGCUGAGAAGAGCAGAAGCACCUCAGGGGAAAUACAGGUAAGUCACACACUUACACACAACUGAGGGGUACAAGAAUAUACAAUUUUAUUGAUACUGUAAACAUGUUAACCUGAGCACUUGCUUUUCUUCUGAUGUGAUUAACUUUACACUAAAAUGGUAAUAUAGCUGAUGUUUAAUUUUGCUUGUCCAUCUAAACAGGAUAGGAGAGUGUACAGUGAAGACUGGGGCGAGGGUCUGACCGAUAAGAGCGUUCCUGUGAUUUGUGUGGUGAAUCUGCAGAGUGGCUCUCUGAGCGUGCUGCACGGUAUUCCCCCUGAUGUCUCACCCGGACAGGUGAGGGCAGAGCACUUUAAACUUUUCUGACAGAGCAUUAGUCAUGUCAGUGUGAUUUAGUAGGAUAGUUGAAAUAAAUUCAGUGUCUAGGUGUGGUUCUGUGUCAAAAGGUCCUUCUCGAGCUUAAAAAUCGUCUCAUAUUCCCAUUCUAUGUCUUGAUUGUUUGUUUGAUUGAUUGAUUGAUUGAUUGAAGCAUUAAAGAAAUAAGAUAAGAAGAACUGUAUUCAUCACUGAGGGGAAAUUUGAUAUGAAUAUGAUCCAUAUAGAAGGCAUGGGAUCCUUCUUAUCUAACCAAACUACCUUCUUCAAUACUGCAUUAACAGUACAAUGAAUUUCACUUCUCAGAACCCUGGAGUUGCUUGAUUGCAGUUGCCUCCAUCAGCAAUAUUUCUCUGCAUUAUCAUGUGAUCCACAAGUAUUGUUCUGAAUCAGCACUUAAACAUUUAAAUGCCAAAGUAGCACAGUAAUUUAUUGGACCAGUGACUCCUAUAUUCUGCAAGGAAAAAAUCAUUUUAGUCAAAAAGACCUCCAAAAGAAAAGACAGAAAUUUAACCUCAAGGCAUAGAUUAGGAGUUGUUGUUUUUUUCAGAUGGCUAUUAACCAAUAUUUUCAACCAAUGUACUUUUAAAGUAAAAAACAAAACUCUUUCUGUUAUGAAUUAAAAUGUGCAAGUCCAACUCAAAAUUUGAUUUAAGUUCUUCUAGCAAAUGUUCAGUCAAAACUUUCGACAUCACAUACAGAAGUUACCUGUUAUUACAUGUGCUAAGGAUUUUACAUUUCAGGAAAAAAAAAAAAACAACAACAAAAAACAUCUCUCAGUUUUGCUUGCAAAAUCCCACUGAUGUGAAUAAAGUCAGUAUAAUUUAUGUUACCAUGAAAGGUUACUGUAGCUUUUAACUAUGUCAUCUACUGAGGUCAAAUGAAAUAAGGUUUGUCCUGGUGACCAAAGAUACAGUCCUGUUAAGUCUUCUUUCUAUUACAGUGAUUGUUCCACACAAUCUAUGGAUUGUUCUCAUCUCUAUACUGUCACAAGAAACAACAACAUGAGACAGAGUGCUGAGUGAAACCAGACCCAGAGGGAAGACGCAUCAUCAUCAGCAGAGCCAUAAUAACACAAUCUUUAGUCAACUUCUUUCGAUCAAUGAUCAGUAAAAGAAAACACUGAUACAGACUGACAAUCACUCAUCCCCCAGUCUAAAAUUGGUGUGAUUAAAAUCUUGGCUAUUACUAUCGCAGUAAACAUGAAUGUUAAUCUCCGGUACCACUGAUGAUUCUGGAUGUGUUGUCUUGUGUGUGUUUGUUUACCAGGCUCUGUGGGCUCCUGAUAGUCAGUCUGUGAUUUUCGUCGGCUGGUACCACAAGCCUUUCAGACUGGGACUGAAGUUCUGCUCCAACCGCAGGUGAGAUGGUCGCUGUGUUUUCUACCUUUGCAUGAAAGACAGCCCCAUGCAAAGAUAUGAGAAAUGUAGCAGAUGCAGCUGAAAAUCACAUGACCCUCUCUAAAGGAGGCAUCUGAGUUUUCUGCUCCGAGCUGCUUCACAAAACAUCUGUCUGUAUAAUUCAGAGGUUUCAGAAAUUCUGAUAACUCUGAUCGAUUUUGGGUUACUCUUCAUUCAUGAACAUGCACCUACUGUAUAUUGUCUUCAUCUUAUCCCUACACCUUUUACACUGGGCUUGCCUUGGAUCUGUAUUCAUACCGUAUUGAAACUGGAGGGACAUUUUUAACAGCAGGGCACUGAACAGAAAUAAAAAGAAACUUGAAUCAAGUUUCAUGUGUCUAUUUAUUGAUUGUGUCCAUCUAUUCAGUGUAUAUUUCUGUCCAAACUCUAUUUCAGGUCAGCAUUAUUCAAGCUUCACCUGGAUGGAAACUGCAGUAAGCACUUUUUUUUCUUCUUUCAGUUGAUGAACCGAACACUCACACAUGCUGCACUUUGCUGAUACAGUCCCUUUUUAUCCGUCUUUUACUCCAGAGUGUAUAUCUGGGGACAACCUGUCAGUUUCCUGUCCCAGGUUGAGUCCAGACAGGUCCACACUGAUCUACCUGCAGGGUCGAGUGUUUGGCCCUCACAACCAGUGCCUCAGCUUGCAGCAGGUACUGAUUGUGUUUGUGUGUUUGCACGUGCAUAUCUAUUUUUUUUUUUUUCUGCUGAUAGUGACUGUUUCUUCUCCACAGCUGGACUUGAAGAGUGGGAAAACCUCCACGCUGUUGGAUGUUGUCAAUAGACCGCUGCAGGGUGAGUCUAUUAGCUUGAGCCACAAUAGCAAGGUGACCGCUGAACACCUGGAAAUGAGAACUUUUGUACAUGCAGGUUAACCUGCACUCAGUUGGUUUUACAUGUUCUUAAAAAGCAGUAUCAGAGAAAUAAACCUAAUGCUCAAUAAUCAGAAAACCAGGCUGUAUUCCAACUUUCAACUUAAACAUUACACACUUCUGUGUUGCUCCUAGCAUGCAGUCCCCUAAAAUCUAUCUUAAUUUGUAGCUAUAACAUGAAACAUAUACAUCAGUUUUAGAGGAUGAGGUACUCCGACAAGACUUUUCUCUGUUUGACAAAGCCAACCUCAAAUUUCUAGAAAUUCUAUCCAAACUUUUAUCCAGAGUUACUCUUUUUAUUCACCACUUGUUCUAAUGUUCAAAGCCUAGUUUCUACAUUGACUUACUGUCGGGGGUUAGAUGAGGUAUUAAGCUUUCUCUCUUCCUGUGUGCAUGUUUCAGGUGAGUUUGCAGGUAUUUAUGAGACUCUGGUGCCCUGCUGCUGGUCUUCAGACAGUCGGAGAGUGGUGUUCAGUAGUGCCUGCCGAAACUGGAAGGUAAAACAGAACACAGUAUUUAGAGAAUAUUUUGCAAUCAUAACUCAGCAUGGAGAGGUCAUUUUAUGAGAAAUGCUAGGAUCACAGCUUGUGUUGGUCAGUGAGCUCAGAGGAGCUGCUGGGUGCUUUUUUGUGACCAGAGCUUCAGAUACUUAAAUGAUCAACUCAGGGACUUCGAGCACUUAUUAGCAAUAUUAGAGAACAGUUUAGAGUCAGGAUUGUGGCCCAUUUGCACCCUACAAAGGUAAAGCAGACAUUCAGCAAAACAAACAGUCACUAUUUCAAGUAUUUCUCUUAGGUACCUGGCAAAAGCUGUCACUGGUGUUAUUUGCUAGGAUUUUGAUGUUUUGAUGCGUAAAUCAGAGUAUGCAGACCUCUAAGUACACUUUCUGCUUCAAAGUUUCACAGUUAUUAAGAGAGUGGUAGCAUAUCAUUAAAACAUGCUGCACAGGUCAGUAAUUGGUCCUAAAAUAGCCCUCUGCUCCCUACAAAGGAAGUGCACAAAUCCUCUUGGCAUAAAAUAGUCCAUGUGCAUGUGGCGCCUAGACUGCUGGGCCAUUGGCACCCCCCAACCAGAUCUUUAAAUUACUGAGAUUAUAAGGUAUAUGCAUAAGGUUGAAACACAGUUUAAAAGGAUUCACUGUGAGGCACAACUGUGAAAUAGUGUGUCCUCAGAGCAGUAGAAAAAAACAGUGGCUGUCUAGGUCAGGGGAUCUGCAUCAAGCUGACCAAAUUUUUGUUGUGAGAAAUGUGAAGUGCCUCAAAUUUAUGAACACAUGCAGAAGUCCAAAAUGAAUGCAAUAACCAAUAUUUUUUUUCUUUUACGAAAGGGACGCCACUGGCUUCGCAAUCCACAUGCAUACCCUGUAUAUGGAGAUUAAAAGCCUUGAGUGGGCCUCCAGGGUUUGAUGCUGGCCUGGCUCAGAGAAAAAACCACACGCUAAAUUUAAUGUUUAGUAAGAGUAGAGAAUAUGAAGAGAGUCUGAUGCUGAUUAUGCAGACAUUUCCUUCUCUUUGGGAGACCUGAACAGGGAUUUUGUUUGUCUACUUUGGGGACCCAAAAAUAGAUGCUACAAAAAAAAGAAGAAAAAAAACUGUAAUUACUUUAAACUGAUAUUGUCACAAAUAGGCACAUAACAUCAUAAAGAGGAUGUGAAGAAAAAGUGAAGGAGUUCCAAAACAAAAGCUUUUAAGAGGGUGGGGGAUCUGGUUUAGUCUGAAAGAAAGCAGCCCAAUGUAAAGUCAGUUAUCUUUCACAUGCUUGUCAUAAUUUCUCAUAUAUUAUUUUUUUCAUUUAUCAUAUUUUCAUAUAUAUACUCACUGACUCCCUCCCUCUCUGUGUUUCUUUCAGGAUCUCUUUAUAGUGGACAGAAGCUCAAACAAAGUUACCUCCCUCUCUGAUAGUAAGAGUCCAUCCUCUCCUCCUCUUCCUCCUCCACCUCCUCCUCCCAUCUCUCUCAUGGUCCCAUCUCCAUCUCUCCCUUUCCCCCCUCCACCCUCUCCCUCUUCUAUUUCUCUGUCAUCUCUUGUUUUUCCCAAUCCUCUUUCUCCUGCUCUCCCUCCUCCCCCUUCUCCCCUUUCUACUUUACUAGCUCCUCCCUCUUCCUUUGACUCUCACCUUUCCCUGCCUUCCGUCUCCCCACUUCUUCCUCCUCCUCCCCCUUCUUCUGUUCUCGUAGUCACAGUUCCUCUCCCUGACACUCAACUUCCUCACCUUCCACCUCCUCCUCCUCCUACUCCUAUUCCUAAUCCUCCUUCUCGUCUUCCUCCACUAGACCCUCAUUUUCUCCCUUCUCUUCCUCCUCCUCCUCCCCCUCCACAUCUUCAUCAUCAAGACUACCAGAAAGACCAGGAAGGUAUGGCAGGAACAACAGGCUAAAGAAAUAUACUUCAAAUAUUUUUUAACUUUAAAACGGAGAAAAGACGCAGAAACACAUGAGCAUACAGUCAGCAUCAAAGAGGGCACAAAUACAGUUAACCAAGUAUUUGCUUUGUUAACUCUAACAGAGUCAAAUCAAUAUGAUCAUUAUCUGUACAAUUCAGCCAUGCAGGUUGAAAUCCCGUCAUAAACUUCACCGCACCAUCUCAACAUCUGUUAACACUUUAUUAUGCCUCGACUGCAGCCCAUCUCUCUUUCAUCGCUCCUCUUUUGUUCCUCUUUUUUCUCCAACAUUUCUCUGGUUGCCUCCUCUCCUUUGCAGAUCUUUCUGAAGUCUAUGGCAGCUGGAAACUUCUGACAGUCCAGAAGGACCUGAUAGUGGUCUGCUGCUCCAGCCCCAACACGCCUCCCACCCUGGUCAGACAAAACACAUUUUCACUCUACAGACUGCACCAUUCAAAGGAUUUGUUAGAUUUAAAAGGAUUUGCAUGUGUUUUUUUUUUCUUUUUGGUGACACGAACAUUGUCCAUUAUCAUGUGUGUGUUUUCAGAGGGUGGGUUUCCUCCCCAGGACUGGGGAGGCUGUGACCUGGCACACUCUGCAGAGGCCGAUAAUGACCUUUGACUUCCACUGGAGAUAUCUGGAUAUUAGACCUCCACCAGAGGAGGACAACAGACACUACUGUAAGCACACAGUCACACAGUCACACACACACACACACACACACACACACACACACACAAACACACAAUCAGUGACUUGUGCUGGGCAGUAUCCUCUCAAAUCUACGAUCAGCUGAACAGUUGACUUUUUUUUUCGGUUGAUGGAUACUGAAUAUAGGGGUAGUUUGAUUAUUGAUCUUGGCCAAUUACCAGGGUUGACAUUCCCCAUUUGGCCAAUUAUCUUUUAUCAGAAGUGAUUUCAAAGACAUCUCUGAUUCUGCAUGCCAUAUUUCCUCUGGGGGUCUUUCCAGAGUUGAGCGGCUCUGAUGAAAAGAGCUUGAUCUCCUCCUGAGCCACCUGAGGAUCUCAGACUGCAGGACAGCUCAUAUGGAGUCAGCAUUUCUAUAAUGUAUCUCAGGGCAAGACCCACACAAGCUUUAAAAGUGAUCAGUCAAAUCUUACAAAGAGAAUAAUCUUGACACAGUUUUUGACAAGGAUUCUGGGAGGUGUUUCAACCCACUGUGCUCCACUGUUUCUGAGGAAGCCAUUACUUUGUAAUGUAGGAGGAAAUGGCAGAAUAAAAACAUAGUAACGAUCACAUCUCUUUCUCUCUUAUCAGCUGGUUUAGACUUUGGUGCUGUCCUGGUUAAACCCACUUAUUCUCACUCUGAAGCCAAGACUCCUCUAGUUAUCUUCAUCCACGGUAAUGUUGAACUCUUUAUUACUUUAUUUACUCAGCUGUUGUGUUUCUUUUCGCUGGAUUGAUACACUUUAAAGGUAAUAUCAUGGUUUUAGUUUUUGCUUGUGUGUUUUCCAGGUGGCCCUCACUCACAGUUCCCAGCAGGGUGGAACUGCACCGCAGCCGGGCUGACAAAACUGGGUUUUGCCGUGCUCAUGGGUGAGAAACCUCUGAAUUAGUUAACCAUUGCAGGUAAAGUGAUGGUUUUUUUUUAAGUUGGAUUUUGAAAGAAAAUGACUGUUUCAUUAUAUCAAAGCUGCUGUUAGGAACAUUUGGUUUGUUUUAAUAUCAGCACCUCCUGCAGACAGAGCGAUACCUUUUGUCCAGUACCUGUGAAAGCACUAUUUUCAGACAAAAACCUCCUCCUGUAAUCUUGUAACAAUAAAAUGUAUUUCUCACUGUGAGUAAUACCUGUAUAUAAAAACAAAAAAAUCAAUUUUUUUCAGCCUUUUACAGUCAUUUUGUUAAACAGCAUUAAAAAUGACAGCAGAAAAAUCAUCAGAAUUUUUGAUGAUGGUCUUUGUUCACUUGUUCACUUUUCAUGUUCAUAAAGAGACAUCAGUAAGAGUUUUGCUCUGUUUCUCAACCAGUUUGAAAGUCCUUACAGUGGCUUUAAAUAUGAACUAUGACAUUAUAUGUAAUAUCAAACUAAAAUAAGCUCCUAGUUUGCUCAGCUUUGGCUUAAGCGCAGGUUAAACAUGAGCUAAGCUUGGACGAACUGUGGACCACUUUAAUUUCCACUUGGGGAGGUUUGAUGGUUUUAAAAAUAACAGAUUUUAUUUCUAGAGCAUCAAUCUGGUCAUUUUUUGGGUAAUUUUUUCUGUCUUCUUAUAAGCUAUAACUGGUCUAAAGUUCUCCUUGGUGACCAAUAGCUUAAUUUACAAAAUCCAUCAUUUCUUCACCUCAUAGUAUGUGGCUGCAGCAUGCAUGAUAAGCUAUUAGUGCUUUCUUUUAAUGUAUACCUAUGAAUGAAACAUCGACUACCAGUGGAUCAUUUAGAUACUUAAAACUUCACGCUCUGUAGAUUUGAGGACAAAUUCAGAAGUGUUUUUUCCCCCAUAAUAAAGACUAUAAUUAUGUCAAGACUUAACUGUUGGAAGUACAGUUUUUGCCCUAAGUUCAGCAAACACAGAUAUGGGUAAGGAUUUCAUUUUCUAGUAUUCAUGCCCUGAAACAGGCAUAUUUCCUGAUGUUGUUCCUGUGAUUCAAGCUUUUUUGGGUUUGCUUUUCUCUUCAUCACUUGCCAUUACCAAAAACAUCAUUUUCUUUCCAUUCAUAUGUGUCUCUCUCUAGUGAACUACAGAGGAUCCACAGGGUUUGGUCAGGACAGCAUUUUGUCACUGAUUGGGCAGAUUGGAAGCCAGGAUGUAAAAGACGUGCAGGUACUAGCUGAUAAAUGUCUAGAUUGGUUGAUGAUAACAUCUUUUGUUUUGAGAGAGAGGCGGCCUUUAUAGCUUUAUGGUGCAGCCAGCCACUGGGGAGAGCUCUAAAAGUUUUGUCUUCACUUGAGGGGAGCUGUUGUGCUGUCUGUUUUUUUAUAGAGUCUUUGAUCUGUACACAGACGGCUGUGCUCGCUGCCCUUCGGUCAGAUAUGACCCUUGACCCAAAACGCUUGGCUGUGAUUGGUGGUUCUCAUGGGGGCUUCCUGUCCUGUCAUCUGGUUGGUCAGUACCCAGACUUCUACAAAGCAUGUGUGGCCAGGAAUCCUGUCAUCAACGCUGCCACUUUGCUGGGAACCAGUGACAUAGUGGACUGGUGAGACAUGUUGAAGCUGCUAAUACUCAGUCUUUUCUGGAAGUCCCUGAGCUCACUCAUGUCAGAGGUUCCUCUGGAUCACUGCUGCAGACAUCAUGCCGACGUGGACCUGCCUGCUUUCCAGCUGCUUCAUCCACAUGCAUCAAUCUGACCUCGGUCCAUCUCUUUCUGCACCUCCCUCUAUCCCCUCUCUAAACCCAGUGCAGUAGCAGCAGAUGUCUGGUCUAGACCAGUCAACUGUUAAACAUUUCGGAUUAACACUUGUGAAUUGACGCUGUAUAAAUAAAAAUUAAUUGAUUAACUGACAUGAGCAGUCACUCAAGAACUCACAGCUUUACAUGCAGCAGCGCAUCCUGACUGGUACAAAAACUGAAUAUUCCCAUCUGUUUCUGCAGGCGUUACAGCAGCGUGGGCUUCCAUUACUCAUAUGACCAGAUACCCACUGCUGAAGCACUGGCUUCCAUGUUGGAGAAGUCCCCCAUCACUCACGCUGCUCAGGUCAGACACACAAAGACUUACAAUCCAGUCUUUUAUUAUAAUCUGCACAUGUCAUUUCUGUUCUGCAAUGUGUAAAGUUGAACUAAAACCUUAAACUUCAUCUUUUGGUAGUCUCUGGAGCCUAAACACAACCCAAACUUUAACAACUUAAAUUGUUGAUAUGAUUUUGCCAUUUUUGUAGUUUUGCUAGAAGUCGCUCCUAUUGUAUUUUUUGGCAGGUAAUAGAAGGUAAGAAAUAGAAGUCGUGUAAAUUAAACAUUCUUCCAAAAAUGCCUUCAACUGCAAGUGACUGGAUAAGCAGAUGUUAUGUCAUGGCUUUUGAGCUGAGUUAGGUUGCAUACAGACAGGCCCGAGGAAAAUCACAGCACAUUUUCAAGGAAAUCAAACCUUUACUUUCUGGUGUGUGAGAAAAUCUGCUCUAUCUAUCAGCAUGUGAAGGGGCUACAUUGAAGCUGGCAUGAGUUUUCAAACAUUUUAUGAGCUUUAUAUUUUUCUAGUGUAGCUUAUACCAUUUAUUUAGCAAAAACAAUGGCUACAUUAAAAAGCAGAAUCAAUCUGACCAUCUUCUAUGAUCAGGCUGAUUGAUUUAACUGCUUUUCCAUUUUUUCUCUAGUUGCAUGCGUUGAAAUGAAUCACUUUGUUUGAGGGAACCAGGACUGAACUUAAAAAACAGGAAGAAACUGAAAUCAACCAUUUGUUUUUUACAUUUGUGUUACUGCUUUUGUUUGUAGGUCAAGGCUCCUGUGCUGCUGAUGCUGGGGGGCAAAGACCGACGAGUGUCUCCUCACCAGGGUCUGGAGCUUUACAAAGUCCUGAAGAGCAGAGAGUCACCUGUCAGGUAGAAUACAGACUGAACCAUGUCUUCCUGGUCUGAUGUAACAAAAAACUACAGCAGGUUAAAUUCAGGACAUUCAGUUAUUUUCACACUGACAGUGAUGAGUGUGAUUAUUUAGACUCUCUCUCUUUUUAUUUGUCUGUUUAGAUUGUUGUGGUUUCCAGAGGAUGGACACUCUCUGUCCAGAGUGGACACACAGGCCGACUGCUUCCUUAACACAGUGCUGUGGCUGCACCAACACGUCUGAGCACACACACACGCACACACACACCAAAUGCACAAACAGUUCAAAAUCAAAAAGUAAUCAAAGUUUGCUGAAGGACUCCUGCUCCUGGUGAACACCCUUAUCAAAGACGAUAAAUCUGUUUAUUAUCACAGCAGGGGACUACUUUGAACCCGCCACUGCCUUUUUAAGACAAAAACCCACUUUCUAUGUUACUCAUGUUAUAGUGUGUUAUAUUUUGUUAAAUAAAUUUCCAAAUCAAAACAUGAAAUAAAGUGAAUUUUAUACAUCUGCAUUAAAAUGUGGAUUUUAAUGUGUUUUGUUUCCUCUCUUCUAUAUUCAAAAGAGCCCCACAACUUUUACUGCCACUCCUGUUUGUUGUAUGAGCAAUAUUUUACCUUCCAGAGGUCUUACUGUAUUUUUAAAUGUACCACUGUAGGCUGACUAAAAUGGCAUACAGUGUGGCUGCAAUUGGCACAAUGUCCAGCAGAUGGCAGUGUCUGGCUGUUGUUUUUCCCCGCUAGAACUGUCAAUGCUUUGAAAGGUUUUACCAUACUGGCUUAAAGUUCCAUGCAGAAAAAAAAAACAUUUAAACAUUGAUGUAAGUGUUGAGGAUCAACUGCAUAUUGCAAUAAUCAGCUGUGUUUUCUGCAAGUUUCACCAUAAUGGUUUGUAUAUCAUUUUUCAGUCUUUCCAAAACAACAACAACUAUGAAACACAAAAAAGACCCAGAGCUCAAAUUGUCAAAUGUUCCUUCAACAGACAUAUUUUUUAAACCGACACCUGAGGUUCUGUGGUAACAUAAACCCACUGCUGAGCUGUAAACUAUCCAAACCACCUGAAACUUCAUCUGCAGUCUUACUGCGGCCCAUGACAGUCGUCUUUACUGAGCUGCCCAAACAAAUAUCCCGAGUAACCCUUCAGCCAAGUCGGUUACUCUCAAAAGUUACAGGCAGGAUUGACUUAACCUCAGUUUAUUUCCUCUCAUCAGGCAGGUUUUUUUCUGAAACUUCGUUUACUAAUCGUAAAUCAUUUAAAGGAAGCUGCUGGUGCACAAGUGAAAGUUCUCUUCCUACCUCCCGAUUGAGACUUAUAACAGUGAGAGUAAGACCACAGGUGUGACAGUCGAAGGAGUGGCCCUGUAUUCUAGUGACUUUCAGUCUUUUGCUCAAGUGGUUGUCAUAGUAACAGGCUGAAAGUCCCCAGUUUGCAGGGUCACUCAUUUAACUGAGACAUCAACAGCUGCCUGUGCCAUUCUUUGUGUCAAUUUUGGUGCCCCCUGUGAACAGAGCAGUCUUUGCUCAUUUUGUUCUCUCCAUACUUAAGUAAUAUCAUCUGACGAAAAAUCUCAUCCUGCUAACUUCUGAUGGUCAAAUUUGUCAUUUAUCGUGAAUAAUUUAUGUGGAAAUUGCAAAAGGAAGCUAUUUCUUCAGCUGCUCAGCCAGCACUUAACCUCUUGCAUUCAUUUCAGGCCUUAAAAAUGACAAAUUAAAAAGCAUCCGUCUUGUUAAUAAUGGUCUUGAUUGCUUUCGUAAAUCAUUUAAGGGGAUCAACAUGAUUUCCAGACCAGAAACAUAAAAAAACUCACAGGGGCUCUGUUGACACAUGUGUUAUGCACUCACGGCCUCGGCUAGGUUUUGUUUGUCCACUAAGUGUCUAUUUGCUUGCUCCAGCUAAAACAAUAAAGUUGUGUAGGCAAAAAGCUUGAUUUGGAUAUGCCAAUCCUUUUAUUCUUUUUUCACAAUUAACCAAUAAAUUCAACACAAAUUCCAACUGCCAGCCUGCGAUCACAAAACAAAAGGCUUCUUGUGUGCAACACCUGAAGUAAUUAGUGGGCAUCUUAAAUGUGCUUUGGUGCGCUCCACAGCGCCACAGAGGUAAAAUAAAGAAUGGCCAAAAAUGGCUGCACCAGGCUCUGACAUUACCCUGUGAUGUAAAAAUGGACACAUGCACAAACACUGGUAUUCAUGUAUUAAGUAACAUUCUUGUGCAAACAUUUCUCUUCCUCAAUUGUAUAUGAGAUUUUCAACAUGUUAACUUGGAAGAGGCUGAAUGCUAAUGCUAACUGUGUUCUGAUGGUAGCUGAUGGGCUAUAUUCAUCUGUACUGUAUUCUUAUUUGUGUAUGUAUAUGUACUUUAAAUUCAAUUAUUUUAUGUUUAUCUAAUUGCACUUAUUUUAUGUGCAGUGCUUUGUGAUUUUUAUCGGUGAAACGCGCUUCAUAAAUAAACUUUACUUACUGCUAUUAAAGCUCCCGUA